AACAACAAAAGGCCUCGCAGAGACAUCAUCUCGCAACCAGUUUUAGUUUUAUGUUUUUGGAAAUAUUUUCCUUAUUCAGCCAAAAGAUGUACCCUUUUAUGCUUUUGUAUUCGUGUUGCAUCGCCAGCUCUUAUUUUUAUCUAGCGACCGCACAAGAACCUAUUCCUGGUACAUCUGAGGGUUUGGCAUUUAAUGAUGAUUGCACCUUGGACUAUGAAUUCGCAUACAGUCCGGGUACAGUUCCUUCGCCAUCAGGACGACCAUUGAGCAUUGAUUUCAGCAUACGACAAGAGAAUGGAGAGACAGAUAACAACGAUAACGCAGGCAAUGGUGAAGAUCGUGAUGGUAAUAACGAUGAUAAUCAUGGAAAUGAUGACAACAACAAUAAUGAUAACAGAGAAGGAGAUAGAAAUAUACCAUAUGAACCACAACAACCUGGUGAAUUGAAUGGAACAACUAAACCUCGUUCUAAAAAGAAACAAUCAAAGAAGCGAAAAAAAAUCGAACGUCUACCAGUACCUUUAAAACAAUACGUUCUGACCCAUGCUGAUAUGGAUUAUCAUCCCGUCAACACUCCAAUUUACGCUCGAACAAAGUAUGGUAUUCUUCGCGGUGGUGAAUGGGAGCGGUCCAUAAUUCCUGAGGAUAGAUUCAUCGAUCCAGUCGAGUUGAGUACGAUGAAAUGUGUGAGUUUGGAAAAGCUGAAAAAGUGGGCUGGUCAAGAUAGUAGUGAUGAAGAAGGAGAGAGGAGAAUGCUAGUAAACCAAGAAAAAGCAGCCAAAGAAUACAGGCAAAAAAAUUUCUGUGUAUUUGUAUGUGCAUAUGAAAAAUGUCCCUACAAAACUACAGACAUAAGAUUGCUUUAUAAGCAUGUAGUUGGUACCAAACGGAACUCGAGUGAUCGUUAUUUGUCAAUAUCCUGUAAGGCUAGAAUAACUCAAGACGGUAUAGCCAAGAGCAAAAUUGGCGUAAAACAGCGACCAAAAUUAUUUCCUUGGGGUGCCAUACUUUGUAUUGAUGAUGACAAAGUCACUAAAGUUACCGAUGCGACGGGUGCAAUUAAAAAGUCUUUUGAUGUACCUGCGUCAAUGCAAGCUGAUUGGGCUAAAUGGAUGGUGGACGAGAGGAGUGAUAAAGAGAAAGCACCAUCAACCACAGUUGAAGCUUGUUCCGAGUUGCCAACCAAUUGAAAUCUAUUUUGUGUUUAUUUAGUUUAGACUUUAGUUUGAUAAAAUAAAAAAACGUUGAUUUGUCU